CUGAGAGCGAACGAGGCCUCAGACGAUAGCAAGAUUCGGAAAAUCGAUUUUUCCUGUUUUGCGCGACAUACGACGAGUUUGUAUGGUGUCCGCACUGGACAGUGUUUACAAAAGUUUUAAUGGAUCGUUAGAAGUUGAACGAACGCAGGCCCCAGGUCACGGCCCACCGAAACUUUGGCUACACUAAUAGCAAGACAAAUUAUAUCUACCAGUUCUAUCGUCGGCCGAGUACAUUUGGUUCGUUAUCACUGCGGAAAAUGAGCAGCGAUGAGGAAAUAUUGGUUGGCGAACUAAAAGUGGUGUACGAUUUUGUGACGCGUGCCAAGUUCCACAAAGCAUUCGGUGCCCUGCAGAAGCUGCUCCAGCAGAAAACCCCGGAACUCGCGGAGCCCCCGAAAGCCGUCGAGGAUAGGGAUUCACUGGAGGAACUGUUCCUGUUCGUGGCCAGCAAGUACGCCGAUCAGCUCGAGCAGGAGGAAAAAUUUCAGCAGGUGUUCGAGAUCAUCGAACAGGGUUUGGAACUGUUUCCGGAGCAUCCCGAGCUGCUGAACGAGACCGGUGUACGGCUGCAGCGCUACGGUCGCUCGCUGGAAGCUUCGAUUUGCUUUGAAAGGGUCCUGCUGCAGGAUCCCAAGUAUUUGAAGGCAUACCAGAACCUUCAGAACACCAAGUGUGAACUGGUCGAGCGAUGGCAUUUUCGAAUGUUGAACGACGUCGUCCGGAAUGCUGGCUACCGGGCUGCUAUACAGAAUCAGAUCAAGGCCGGUCACGCUGAGGUGUUGGAUAUUGGGACCGGUACCGGGUUACUGUCAUUGUAUGCGCUAAACUGCGAGGGAAUUCGGAAGGUGGCCGCCUGUGAUGGUUCGGAAAUUAUGGUGCAGAUCGCGCGGGACGUUUUCGGGGCGAACGGGCUGAGCGACAGGAUUUGUCUGUUUCAGAGCUUUUCGCAGGAUUUGAAGAUCGGCGAUAAGUUUUCGCUGAUUGUGACCGAGACGCUGGACUCGGGAGCCUUUGGGGAAGGGAUUCUGGAGACGUUGAUUCAUGCCAAGCGGAAUCUACUGCUGCCGGAGGGAAGGAUCAUUCCAAGCCAAGUAAUUUUGCAUGUGACCGGAUACAAGUCCCGUGCUUUAACUGCAAGCAAUAUUCUCAUCAACGAAAAUUUUAGUCAAGAGUUUAAUCUACCGAGUAACUGUUUAAUUUCGAAGGAAGGGAUCAAGUGUUAUGACGCGGAGGAUGUCAGCAGGAUUAAGGCGAACGAUGACUUUGUCUUUGUGACGGACACAGUCUGCGCGAUGACUGUUGAUUUUAACGAUUUGGAUUGUUUGGAACGGUGUCAGGAAGGAUUGGAGGAGAGUCAGUUCGAGUUGACCUGUCUGGAGGACGGCAUUCUAGAUGGGUUCGUAGUUUGGUUCGAUCUGAUGCUGGACGAAGAGAAUAGCAUCAGUACGGAUCCGACGAGCAACACCUGCUGGAAUCAAGCUAUAUUCAAGCUGAAUCAAAGACUCCCGGUGACCAAAGACCAGAGUCUGCCGUUGACCAUAUCCUGCAAGGACGGUGCUCUGUCAGUUUCUCACAAUCUCAAUUCUAUGGAUAAUCAAAUUAGUAUUGACGAGCACGUGCUGGAAUUUUUAAACGAUUCAGAAUAUUACAGUAAACUGACGGCAGAUAUUGAAGAGCUAGAUGACUUGGAAAAGGUGCUAGAUUUAUCGCUUUUCCCAUAUGCUGGACUAAAGCUUCUCAAAGAGGGCAAAACGUCUGUACUCUUUUGUUCGGAUCGUGCCGAAGAUUUAAUCGAAUUCAUCGCCAAUCAAAACGACAUUCCAAUGUCGGCAAUAAUGCUGAUUAGUUCCCUUCCGGAAGCAUUCCUUCUGAACGAUUACACGUUGGAUCUGAUUAUCCUGCAACCGGUGGAUGUGUUCGGUCAAAUCAACAGCGAACACUACUGUCAGUAUCAAUCGCUGUACUCUAAGCUUAAGCCUACCGGUUCAAUUGUACCGUCGUUGGUAGAGCUGCACGGCAGUAUCAUUCAUUCCGAUUGGAUCGUUAAAUGUUGUCGUGUUGAAAAUCCGGAACUUAGCCAGUUCCACAUCGACAGAUAUCUAUCCACGUUGGAAACGGAAAACCAUCUGGAUCUCGGCCCGUUCACCUACGAAAACCUGUCGGAACCAUGCAAACUGGCCGAAGUUCAUUUCGAUGGAAAACUUUACGAAGUGGAGAAGGAAUUGCUCCUCAAAGAUUCAACGGAUCCUAUCCAUAUCCAUGCCAUAUUGUAUUAUUACCAGAUCGAAUUUAUGCCGCAAAAGGGAUAUCUCAGUACUCAACGGGUGCAGAGUUUCGCCAAGCGGUCAGCUUUUAUCAUUCCGAAAAACACAUUCCAGAGCGUCGCCAUCGGUGGUGACGGAGGAGGAGAAGCAGAGAUAACCGAACAAGAUGACGAGGGAGGUCAGCAGAGUCGAUCGAAGGUGGACAAAGUCAAUAUCAAUGUAGUGCAGAAUCAUGGUGUUAUUAAGUGCAAUCUGCUUGACUGUCCGUAGGAGGAAUAAUAUACUCUAUACAUAGUACACUAUAUAGUACAUUUACAGUACCGUACAUUACGCUCGCACUACUAUCAGAAAUAUGAAAUCUGUGAAAAGAAAAGAUUGAAUACACUCACACUUUCCGAGGACCCUACCUAGAGUACCUGUAGUAUUGCAAA